AUGUUACUCGAUUCACAUGGCGAGCAGGAACGUUUAAUCCUUUACAGGCCUAUAAAAACACGCUCGCACAUUCACACACAGAUACAAGCAUACACACACACAUGCAUACAUGUAUACGUUGACUGUAUCAGCAGGUACAUCCUAUAACUCUCUAUACAGAAGACACCUGUUAACCAGUGGUUUACAGUUCCUUUUCUUCAACAUACCACCAAGUGCUGACCGCGAUUGGUUGGUUGCUGUACGUUUUCAAAGACAGUAGAAUUGCUCAAGAUGUCACGUCGACGACUUGAGAAUGGCAUUCGUAACAAAAUUAAUCUUACAGGAAACACACAGGGAUUUUCUGAAGUAAAAAUUCUACACAACAUUCCAUAUUCUACAGAAAUUGGAGCCACAUACAGCUUACAAUUCUCGUUUGAUGGUAAAGUUUUAGCUGCAGGAUUUGAAUAUGGCGGUAUUCAGCUUUAUUCUACUGAAACAGGUCGUUUACUCAAUCAACUGCGUAAUUCGCGACUCUCUAGCGAUGCUGUUAUGUGCCUUAGAUUCAAUCCGGAGAACGACACGUCAAUCCUGGCCACUACAGCUGACGGUCAGGUGAUAACAGCGGAAACUGAAGAAGGAAUUUUAGUGGAAUCUAUUGAAGAGAAAAACAACCAAAUUAAUGCAGUCGACUUCUGCUUGGAUGGCCAAGUAUUCGCUACCGGUGGAGCAGACUUCGCCGUAAGGUUGUACGAUUCUAGAACGAUGCAAAUUUUACAAACGUAUGGAGGAGAGAAUUCCCCUGACAGAGAAGAAUAUUGCACGAAUCGUAUUUAUUCUCUGAAGUUUAGUCCGGAAUACAACGAUAUUUUCAUUACAGGUGGCUGGGAUAAAAGUAUUAAGAUAUUUGAUAAAAGAACCAAGCUUGGUGUGAGACGUUAUAUGGCUGGGCCACACAUCUGUGGUGAAGGAUUAGACUUUCGACCAGGUAAAAUAUUGUCUGCGUCGUGGGUGAGCCAGAACGGUCUACAGAUAUGGGAUUACUGUGAUGGAAUGAUUGAUAAGACGGUACCCUUUGAAAAUGCCAAUGGAGAGUAUUUAUAUUGCGCCCAGUUCUGUGAUCACGAUGUUGUCCUGGCAGGAGGUAGCGGCACGCGUAACGUUCAAGCCAUCCAUUAUCCCACUGGAAAGCUUAGUCUUAGUCUCUCUCCCGUUCCUACUGGAAUAUUGGGCGACCGACGAGUUGCCUCUUCUGCUUGCGAUCUGCAGUCGUUUUUGCAUCAGUUCAGAUCAAUUGCAGCUCCCGUAAUUCCUCGCGGAAAGUACUGUGCCAGUUUUGGUGCGGUCUUCCUCUCCCUCGCUUGUUCCCAGCUAGUGUCCAUGUCAAUGCAGAGCAAUAAUCUAGAAGAUGAAUGUCCUCCAGAGAACUAUCAUGGUUUCCAGCCCACUUUUUCUGAAAGUUCUUAG